ACAAGCCACCCAUGAUGCUAGAGUCCUGGCCCCACUGCUGAGACCCUACAAUAACAUCCCCCCCAGACCCUACGCUGCCCCAUCUGCACCACCAGGUGUCUAACCGCAAUGAGACCCUACAAUAACAACCCCCCCCUUCUGAGGGAUCCUACGCUGCCCAGUCUGCCCUGCCCAGCCUCUUACCGCAGUGAGACCCUACAAUAACAACCCCCCGAGGGACCCUACGCUGCCCAGUCUGCCCGGCCCGGCCUCUUACCGCAGUGAGACCCUACAAUAACAACCCCCCGAGGGACCCUACGCUGCCCAGUCUGCCCUGCCCGGCCUCUUACCGCAGUGAGACCCUACAAUAACAACCCCCCGAGGGACCCUACGCUGCCCAGUCUGCCCUGCCCGGCCUCUUACCGCAGUGAGACCCUACAAUAACAACCCCCCGAGGGACCCUACGCUGCCCAGUCUGCCCUGCCCGGCCUCUUACCGCAGUGAGACCCUACAAUAACAACCCCCCGAGGGACCCUACGCUGCCCAGUCUGCCCUGCCCAGCCUCUUACCGCAGUGAGACCCUACAAUAACAACCCCCCGAGGGACCCUACGUUGCCCAGUCUGCCCUGCCCAGCCUCUUACCGCAGUGAGACCCUACAAUAACACCCUCCCCUGCUAACACCCCCCACCCGGUGGCGAGCCUACCAGCACAAACCCCUCCUCCCCAGCCACGACCCUCCGCUCACCCCAGCCCGAGUGCCAGGUGUCUGCCCCGGGAGCAAACUCCAGCGGGCGGGGCGGGGGCGGGGCCAUCCGGGGCGCCCCCCCGGUAUAUAACUCCCAGGCCCCGCCGCCCCCCCCCCAGUGGGCGCGAUGUGCACAGGGAAGUGCUCCCGGGUGGUGGGUGUGGGGCUCUGGCCCCUGGCCCUGACCUGCAUCGUCUGCAACCUGCUGCUCUGCUUCCCCGACUGGGACACCCAGUACGUGAAGGGCGGGGGCCGGCUGCUCACCCCCGAGGUGCUGUACCUGGGGGGCCUCGUCGGGGGCGGCGCCAUGAUCCUGAUCCCAGCGAUCCACAUCCAGGCGACCGGCCGGCAGGGCUGCUGCGGGAACCGCUGCGGGAUGUUCCUGUCCAUCCUCUUCGCCCUGGUGGGGGUGGCCGGUUCUAUCUACGCCGUGAGCGUCUCCGCCCUGGGGCUGGUGAACGGGCCGCUGUGCCAGGUGCGGGAGUCCAACGGCAGCCUCGGCACAUGGGGACAGCCCUUCCUCAGCACCGACGAGGAGCUCAGCAAGCAGAGCUACCUGUUCAACACCUCGAUGUGGGACACGUGUGUGAACCCGCCCGGCGUGGUCCAGUUCAACGUGAUCCUCUUCUCCCUGGUGCUGGCGGCGGCGCUGCUGGAGCUGCUGCUCUGCGGGGUGCAGGUGCUGAACGGCCUCUUCGGCUGCCUCUGCGGGACGUGCAACAAGAAACAGGCCAGGGACCCAAAGCAAACCCAGUACUGAGUCGAAGAGCUGCCAGUGCGACCUGAGGAGCCACGGCACGACCGCCCACCCACUCUGGAACCCUCCCUGCCCGUCACGCCCAGGAACCCAGGCAUCCGGGACCAGCCCUGCCUGGGAUCACGGGGACGCAGAGCUCACAGACAGUGUCGCCCCUGCAGUCUGUGCCGCCCGUGCAACACACCAAGCACCCCCUUACCCCGUGUCACCAGCCACCCCAAAUAAACCCGAGGGGCCGUGGGGAGCCGGCGCCCCUGGGGGCGGAGCGGGGAACUGCGGUCUCUGCUCUGGACAAAC